UAGCAGAUCUUCGUUUUUUGUUUGUUUGACGCAUAAAAGAAUAACUGAAUUCCGAUCGGGGAGGGUGAUGACGUGGAGAAGAGUGAAAGAGCAAUAAGGGCAGGUGUCCAGCAGAGAGGCUCCGUUGCAAAAAAAAUAGGGGGCUCCAUUUGCGUUUCCUUACCUGCUUUACUUUUCGACCCGGCGAAUAGGAUCGCUUACUUGUCUUCUUUUCUAUACGCCUUUCGUUGUCUGCCUGCACUCUCUCUUAGUAUUUUUAUUAUUAUUAUUAUUUUUAUUUUUUUAUUAUUAUAGUAAUAAUUUUUGUAAGAAUAAAAAAUAUAAAAAAAGGAAGGAAGGAGCUGCUGAUCCUCAUUUCAUCUGAUUGAUUGAUUACACAACAAGUUGCAAGUUGCAGUGAGUGAGUGACCCAUGUCCUUUUCUGCAUCUGAAACACGGACCCAACUCUGCUCAAAACCUAGGUGCCGAAUUGAUUAGGAAGGAAGGAAGGAAGGAAGGAAGGAAGGAGGCUGAUUCAUUGCGAAAGUUUUUUUUUUUGAAACAAUGAGCGGAGCUGUUAUUGUUGCUGUUGCUGCUGCUAUCGGUAACUUACUGCAAGGAUGGGAUAAUGCCACUAUUGCAGGAUCUAUUCUAUACAUAAAGAAGGAAUUUCAAUUAGAAAAUGAACCCACAGUUGAAGGUCUAAUUGUGGCUAUGUCACUUAUCGGAGCCACCGUUGUUACUACAUGCUCCGGAGCCCUAUCAGACUUGCUAGGACGACGUCCCAUGUUGAUUAUAUCCUCUGUCCUUUAUUUUGUUAGUUCUCUUGUCAUGUUUUGGUCUCCAAAUGUUUAUAUCCUUCUCUUUGCAAGACUUUUAGAUGGUCUUGGAAUUGGUUUGGCAGUUACCUUGGUACCUCUUUACAUAUCUGAGAUUGCUCCUCCUGAGAUUAGGGGAUUACUCAAUACACUUCCACAGUUCACUGGUUCUGCUGGUAUGUUUUUCUCCUACUGUAUGGUCUUUGGGAUGUCACUAACCAAGUCCCCCAGCUGGAGACUCAUGUUGGGUGUUCUUUCCAUCCCCUCUCUUAUUUAUUUUGCACUCACAAUAUUGUUAUUGCCUGAGUCUCCAAGAUGGCUUGUCAGUAAAGGCCGAAUGCUUGAGGCUAAGAAGGUUUUGCAGCGCCUUCGUGGAUGCGAAGAUGUCGCUGGUGAGAUGGCUUUACUGGUUGAGGGUCUUGGGGUUGGGGGUAAUACAUCCAUAGAAGAGUACAUAAUUGGUCCGGCCAAUGAAUUUAAUGAUGAAGAGGAUCCAUCUACGGGUAAAGAUCAGAUCAAGUUGUAUGGCUCCGAACAUGGUCAGUCCUGGGUUGCCAGACCUGUCACUGGACAGAGUUCCAUUGGUCUUAUGUCUCGGAAAGGAAGCAUGGCAAAUCAGAGUGGUCUUGUGGAUCCUAUGGUGACCCUCUUCGGUAGUGUCCAUGAGAAGCUCCCGGAAACAGGAAGCAUGCGAAGCACUCUUUUUCCACACUUUGGAAGCAUGUUCAGUGUCGGGGGAAAUCAGCCUAGGAAUGAAGAUUGGGAUGAAGAAAGCCUUGCUAGAGAGGGUGAUGACUAUGUCUCUGAUGCUGCGGCCGGUGAUUCUGAUGACAAUUUGCACAGUCCAUUGAUCUCACGUCAAACAACUAGUCUGGAUAAGGAAAUGCCUCAUCCUGCCCAGGGUAGCCUUUCAAGCAUGAAGCAAGGUAGUCUUUUACAAGGGAAUGCAGGAGAACCUGUUGGGAGUACUGGGAUUGGUGGUGGUUGGCAGUUAGCUUGGAAAUGGUCUGAACAAGAAGGCCCAGAUGGAAAGAAGGAAGGUGGUUUCAAGAGAAUAUAUUUACACCAAGAGGGUGGUGGUCCUGGAUCUAGACGCGGGUCUGUGGUUUCACUUCCUGGUGGUGAUGUGCCAACAGAUGGCGAGGUCGUACAGGCUGCUGCUCUUGUGAGUCAACCAGCUCUUUAUACCAAGGAGCUCUUGCAUCAUCAGCCAGUGGGACCCGCUAUGAUUCAUCCAUCUGAAACAGCAGAAAAAGGGCCAAGUUGGAAUGAUCUUUUUGAACCGGGUGUGAAGCAUGCGUUAUUUGUGGGAGUAGGACUUCAAAUUCUUCAGCAGUUCUCUGGUAUAAAUGGUGUCCUCUACUAUACACCACAAAUUCUUGAGCAGGCAGGUGUUGGUUAUCUUCUUUCAAACCUGGGCCUUGGUUCUACUUCAUCGUCUUUUCUAAUUAGUGCGGUGACAACCUUGUUGAUGCUUCCUUGUAUAGCUGUUGCCAUGAGGCUCAUGGAUAUUUCUGGCAGAAGGACUUUGCUGCUCACUACAAUCCCUGUCUUGAUAGUAUCUCUUCUCAUAUUAGUCCUAGGGAGUUUUGUGGAUUUGGGCAGCACUGCAAAUGCAUCAAUCUCAACCAUUAGUGUUGUUAUCUAUUUCUGUUUCUUUGUCAUGGGAUUUGGGCCAAUUCCGAAUAUACUUUGUGCUGAGAUCUUCCCGACUCGAGUUCGUGGUCUUUGCAUUGCCAUAUGUGCUCUUACCUUUUGGAUAUGUGACAUCAUUGUUACCUAUUCACUCCCAGUUAUGCUAAAUUCUAUGGGCCUUGGUGGUGUUUUUGGUUUGUAUGCAGUCGUCUGCUUCAUAGCUUGGGUGUUUGUCUACUUGAAAGUUCCAGAAACCAAAGGCAUGCCACUGGAAGUGAUCAUCGAGUUCUUCUCCGUCGGAGCAAAACAAGCUGAGACUGCCAAGCAUAACUGACUGAAGGAUAUGAUAAAUUGAAAGUUUUGACUGUACCUUCAAUUGUUUUCAAUCUACGGUUUUGUUUAAAUUUCUUUCCUCUUUUCAAUUUAUCUUCUGUUAAUCUCUCUUUACCGUGGGUUGAGAUUGAGAAGCAUGAAACUUUGUUUUUGUAAAAAAAACGUUCAUUUUUCUGUUAUUCGACGACAUCAAAAUUGUUUUUUUAUCUGCUUUUUUGGGGGAGAACCGACUCUUACGGAAUGUUUGACAGAGAUGGCUAGUGUAUGAUGAAUUGAGGAUCUUUAGAGAUGGCUAGUGUAUGAUGAAUUGAGGAUCUUUAGAGAUGGCUAGUGUAUGGUGAAUUGAGGAUCUUGGUAUAGGCUAAUACUAAAAGCUAUAUAAUAAGAAAGUUUGUUUGAA